CGGGCUCCAAUGUGAGGAAAGUAGCAAACCCGACCUUUUGGUGUCGCCUGUGCCUGCUCGACGGGCAGAGAGCGCACAGUGUUGGCUGUUGCUGGGCUGUUCUUCAACGCUUAAUUUUGGUCUCUAAUUGAAACUCAACUCCCUAGGUUGCUAGUUUUAUUUCAUGUCUCUUUAGCUUAUUGCUUUUUUGUUUACUUUAGACUUUGAGACUCUGCGUCAACAAUGUCUAGUGCAGCUGGGUAACCAAAGCUGUCUGCAUGUCUUUGCCUCACAAACUUCCUACCAGUUCCUGACUGCAGGGAGGUCUUGGCUGUUGGUUCGGCUGGCUAUACCCGUCUAAUCUGCAGCAACAUAUCACUUAAUAUCUUCCUCGCCACGACCAAGGAGGGCUGCAACCAUGCCGUCAUUCUUUGCCUUUCAACAGGGCAGAGAAGACGCGACGCGUUUCAGCACAGACGCGUCACCGCUACUAGGUCGCUUUCGUGCCGUGCCACAAGACAGAAGGGAGGGGUAUCGGAACCACUAUCAAACGCCUGACAGCUUCCUCUCGCCGGCGCAUGCACGCCAUAGCGUUCAUAUUGGCUACGGAGCUCUUUUGGCUGCAAGACUUGACGCCGAGGCCGCCGCUGGGGAUAGUGAAGAUGAUGAUGCUUCCAGUGACGAUGAAUCUGGGCAGUUUGCGGCCGGAUCAGGCAGGUUUGGACUUGCCAAGUUAGCAAAAAAGGCUUGGCGCCGGUUAGACCAGCUCUUUGUCACGCCCCUUCAGCAUCCUGUUCGGAAAGCCGUCGACAAAUGGUGGACACGCUGGUCGCUCCUCGUCUUGCUCCCAGCCUUCCUUGCUGUUGCUUGGUGCGCGGUGCCGUUCCCGCAGUACCCUCUGCCGUACGAAGAUGACGACCCCCAAUAUCCAGGCUUGCCCGGCGCCCCAGACCGUCCCCGCCGAGACAGGUCUCCAGGUCACGGAACGGCGAGGGUACUGGUCGAUUUUUGGUUCUUUCUGUUCAUCUUCUACGGCUUCUACAACUUAACCGCGCUGGUUUGGAUUACAAAAGUAUUUAAUCUUUACAACUUCAACUGGUGGCCCACAGCCCUCGGGUUUCCUGUGACCAUCACCAUAAUAGGGCUGAUAUCAAUCCUGGCCCCCAUCCCAAUCUACCUCUCUCCAGAGACCCACUGGCUCACCUCACACAACACAGCAUGGGUCUCUUGGACGUUUUGCUUGAUGGCCAUGCCCGUCACUAUUGCCUGCCUCAUUCUCAUGACCAAUAGGCGCCACCUCGGCCUCCGGAAAUCGCUGUCCGAGACGCAGCGUAUUUUCACAUCGUCUUGGUGGACCGGUGAACCAGACACUGUCCCGUCGAGGAGUCAAGUGUCUCGACGUAGACCUGGAAUUGCUGGGGACGCGUUCUUCGAUCCAACCGGCGAUUUGCAGGUAACUGACGGCCGUCAACACCGGCCGGGCCUCAACCGUCUCCGGCAGAUCAACCGCCGCUGGCUGCCAGCAAGUUUCGUGCGCUUCAUCUGGUUUUGUCUCGCCUUGUUCGUCGGGCUUCUGGCAUACGUUAUCGGAGAGGCUUACGCAGAGAUAUAUCUGCGUACGCUGCCACACAACAACUUGGAGACCAUUGUUUACGUUUACGGUUGGAUCACAACCGUCUAUUUGCUUGACGGCCUGACGGGCUGGAUUUUGGGAGGUAGUGAAGGCGAGAGGGUGGGCUCGUACCCGCUGAGUUGGAUCUUCAAGCUAUACUUUAUGCUUACGUACCAAACCUACGUGCGUGCAUUGUACGCUCGACUUCGCUCGCCAUCCCAGUUUAUUCUCCUUCAGAUCCUCUCAUCUACCACCUUGAUCAUCAUCACACCCAUCACCCUCUCCGCGACGUUCCACUGGCUCCUCACAGUUCUGCACCUCAAUGGCCAGAGCUACGGAGCGUAUCAGAAGCUGGGCGUUCGUAACGUUUUCAUCCGCUUCGUGGCCGAGAACGCAUCCAUGCUGACGUUCCUCGGCUCCAUCCUCGUACUGCACUUUGGCCCCAACAAGGACGUGUACCCCUACUUUGCCUUUGACGAGUACGAGGACGGCACAAACGGCGAGCACUACACCUUUAGCCUGACUCUGACUGCCUCCAGCAUCACCUGGGCAUGCGAGCUGGUGGCGUCCUUCAUCGUCGCGGGCCUGAUCAGGUGGAUAUACGGCGUCAGCGUCGUGACCGAGGGGAAGCUGGACCUCGCUGUCUGGCCCGAGCUCCUCCCGACCAGCGUGGCGGUCGUGCUACACGUGUUGCAAAACAUGCUCUUCUCCAUUAUCCGGUUGCAGUUUCGUUGAACUGGUCAUGUGGGCUUGAGUGCAGAUCCACUGUGCUCGAAAUUGGUAUAUGAAUGUUUUCUUGUUGGCCUUAAAUACCUAGCUUUUGAUAAUAAAUAAUGAGUUGAUACCCUGACUAUAUUGGAACAGCAUUGACGCAAAUCGUCCCC